GCCGGAGCUCGGCCCCGCAGUGCAGAGGCUGCGGUGCGGUUGAUCGCGGGAGCUGGCCCUGCGGGGACCCCGGGGGGGAGGGGGAGCCGGAAAGCCCCCGCAGAGGCCGUCGCUGUGGGGCCUCCCCUCCCCCCCCGGGCGGGCGCCAUGCGGGGGGGUUCCGGCGACGCGGAGCGGCGGCAGCGCUGGAGUCGCCUGUUCGAGGAGCUGGACAGCAACAAGGACGGCCGCGUGGACGUGCACGAGUUGCGCCAGGGGCUGGCCAGGCUGGGAGGGGGCGAUCCCGACGGUGCACAGCAGGGCAUCUCCUCCGAGGGGGACGCUGAUCCAGAUGGUGGCCUCAGCCUGGAGGAAUUCACCCGCUACCUGCAGGAGCGGGAGCAGCGCCUUCUGCUCAUGUUUCACAGCCUUGACCGGAACCAGGAUGGUCACAUCGAUGUCUCUGAGAUUCAGCAGAGCUUCCGAGCACUGGGCAUCUCUAUCUCGCUGGAGCAGGCAGAGAAAAUCCUACACAGCAUGGACCGCGAUGGCACCAUGACCAUUGAUUGGCAGGAAUGGCGAGACCACUUUCUGCUGCACUCUCUGGAGAAUGUGGAGGAUGUCCUGUAUUUCUGGAAGCAUUCUACGGUCCUGGACAUUGGGGAGUGCCUGACGGUACCUGAUGAGUUCUCCAAGCAGGAGAAACUUACCGGCAUGUGGUGGAAGCAGCUGGUGGCUGGCGCAGUGGCCGGCGCUGUGUCGCGGACAGGCACAGCUCCUCUGGACCGUCUCAAGGUCUUCAUGCAGGUCCACGCCUCCAAGUCCAACCGGCUCAACAUCCUAGGGGGCCUGCGGAACAUGAUUCAAGAAGGGGGCAUCUUGUCCCUCUGGCGGGGCAAUGGUAUCAACGUGCUCAAGAUCGCCCCUGAGUCAGCCAUCAAGUUCAUGGCUUAUGAACAGAUCAAGCGGGCCAUCCGGGGGCAGCAAGAGACGCUGCACGUUCAGGAGCGCUUCGUGGCUGGCUCCCUGGCCGGGGCCACAGCUCAAACCAUCAUAUACCCCAUGGAGGUACUGAAGACAAGGCUGACUCUACGGAAAACUGGCCAGUACAAGGGGCUCCUGGACUGUGCAAGGCGGAUCCUGGAGCGUGAAGGGCCCCGUGCCUUCUACCGUGGCUACCUGCCCAAUGUGCUGGGCAUCAUCCCCUAUGCUGGAAUCGAUCUAGCCGUCUACGAGACUCUGAAGAAUCGCUGGCUUCAGCAGUACAGCCACGAAUCAGCAAACCCAGGCAUUCUCGUGCUCCUGGCCUGUGGCACCAUCUCCAGCACCUGCGGCCAGAUUGCUAGUUACCCUCUGGCACUGGUCCGGACCCGAAUGCAGGCCCAAGCCUCCACUGAGGGUGGCCCACAGGUCUCCAUGGUGGGUCUGCUUCGACACAUCUUAUCCCAGGAGGGUGUGUGGGGCCUCUACCGGGGCAUUGCCCCCAACUUCAUGAAGGUCAUUCCAGCCGUAAGCAUCUCCUACGUGGUCUACGAGAACAUGAAGCAGGCCCUGGGGGUCACAUCCAGGUGAGGGACCGGGAACCUGUCGCCCCAAGAUUCCCUCAUCUUCAUCACGGCAUCUCCCAUGCUGAUGUCCUCAACCGCCGGAAACUAAUGGCCUGACCAGUGGUUCCUAAUCCCCCAACCAAGCCGCUGGAUACCAGUACCCAAGGCCCAGGUCACUGGCCCUGUGUUCUGACAUCUGUACCACUAGGUCCCACUCUUUGGCCACUGGAUCCCAGUACUGGAUCCUCGACUUCACAGAGAGACUCCCAGACCCCAAAUGCUGUACCUCACACAUCACUUGAGAUGCAGAACUAUCCACAUUCUGGCCCUGAGCCCUUAUCCCCAAACCCCUUGACCCUGCUCAUCCACACACCAGAGCUGGAUCCUGCUUUUCCCUGCCUCACCCACUAGGUGCUGGGCCACCCUGUGCAACAACAGAUGGUCCCAGUGCCCCAAGCAUGAAGGCACACAUCGAUGUAUCCUGUAACCCAGAUCUCAGAUUCUUCAGGCACCAGACCCUCAGGCCUCACUAGACCUGAGACCCUAAAUCUGCUGGUGAGCUCCCUGUCACUCGCCUCAUAGUCUGGAUUCUAGAAGCCAGGAACUCUUAGCCACAGGGUCCUGACGGAGCAAUGCCAAGAUCCUGGGUUACUGGAUCCCAGAUCCCUCACCCCAAACAAUUCUUUUACCUCAACUUGGAGUUUCAUGCCUUUCUGCUUUGACUGCCGGAUCUACAUUUUAACACACCCUCAAUCUCUUGUCACUGGAUCCAAGAGUCCCAAGGCCUAACCCCCUGGAUUCUGGUUCCGUGAACCACCGAUGUGUGAGCUUCAGGGUGGAUUUUAGAUGCCACAGCUGUUCAAUCUCAGAUCCCAGAUUCCUUCAACCCCUUCUCUGGAUACCAGCCAUAGAAGACCAAGCUCUCCCAGACACUACCAGGUUCCAAGCCCUUUGCUCCUGUACCCCAAGUUCUCAGUCUACUCCCUAAGUCUAGAUCCCAGCAGCCCAGUGGCAGCAUCUCAGAUCCCACAGGCACCCAGUAUCCCAGACACACCCUGGAGCUGAUUCCCACUGCAUUCCACACCAUCAGGGAUCCUUCUGGAAGCCCAGACCCUGGACUAGUAGCUCCACACCAGGCAGUAAGGGAAUGGUAUGUAUGUCCCACACCAUACCCCACAUGAAUGCUGAAUCUCCCCACAGCUAGGACACACCUCCACUCCUCCACCACUCCCCCAAAUCACCUCCCUCCCCAUCUCCCUCUCUGCAAUGUCUUCCAUACCCCUGCCCACCUGCCAGGCUAGUAACUUCCCAGAGCCCAGGUUCCUCUGGGAGGGUCUGGUCUGCUUACUCAUGGGUGGGGACUUGCCAGGUGAAGCCAGGCGACACAGCCAAGGGGACCUUCUGCAUCCCAGCACUGCCAGCCCUGCUCGGGCCUCAGAAAGUCACAAUUAAGGACCAAUACACAGCAUCCUUCCUGAAACCCAGCAUCCAGUAUGCAAAAUGAAACAACCCCAGACUGACUCGGGGUCUAUUUUUCUACCAGACAGAGAGCAAAGUCCCCUGACUCCCCACCACAUUCCCGUACCCUCCGCACUUCAACAUUGGAUUCUGAGCUUAGGAUAAGUGGGGAGGCCCUGCUCAACUCCCCGAUCUCUGGGGACCCCAUCAAAGGACUGUAAAAGGAACUAGGAUGUUGAGGGGCAAGAGGACCCCACCAUGGCUUCCACCUCUCCCUCCAGCCUACACCACGUCCGUCUCUCUGCCCGUGUAUGUCAUUUCAAGGGAAGAGAAUAAAUUUUCUAAGCUCUUUCA